AAUACCGUCGUGCCGUUAAAUUUUCGCGCUCAUUUUACACCGUCGUGGCUAACAAAGAUAUAGUACUCGUCGGGUCAUGUAAUACACCGUAAUAGAAAUACUCCAUUACCCCAGAUGCGAAUUUAACAUCCAUUAAAAUUGUUAAGAACAACAUUUUGAUGCAGUAAAGGAGAUAGAGGAAGGGAAAUCGAGGGAGCACUGCAUGCACAGGAACAGUUUACAGACUCGCAAGGAAAACUGCUGAUUGUCUUGCUACAACUGAGGAGACAAUGGCUCCAAAGAAACCUAACCGGGCACGACCUACAAAACAAACUCAACCCACAAUAAGACCAGCACAACGUUUAGCCAUUCGCCACACUGCAGCCCGGCCAGGCAACCAGCCAGCCAACAGACGCCCAUCACCAGCCAGCCAAGCAAAACGCCAACCAGCAGCCAGUCAUGGAAAACAGCUGGCCCCAAAACGCCAACCAACAACCAGCCACGGCAAACAGCUGGCCCCAAAAUGCCAACCAACAACCAGUCAUGGUAAACAGCUGGCCCCAAAACGCCAACCAACAACCAGCCAUGGCAAACAGCUGGCCCCAAAACGCCAACCAACAACCAGCCACGGCAAACAGCUGGCCCCAAAACGCCAACCAACAACCAGCCAUGGCAAACAGCUGGCCCCAAAACGCCAACCAACAACCAGCCACGGCAAACAGCUGGCCCCAAAACGCCAACCAACAACCAGCCAUGGCAAACAGCUGGCCCCAAAACGCCAACCAACAACCAGCCAUGGCAAACAGCUGGCCCCAAAACGCCAACCAACAACCAGCCAUGGCAAACAGCUGGCCCCAAAACGCCAACAAUCCGUUCUAAAGAUGCUGCAAACCAAAGGCAGGGUGACCCAGCCUCGUCCGAAUAUCAUUACUGUCCCAGUUCCAGUAGGACCAUCCACUGUUACACAUCAUCAUCAUCAAGAUAGCUCUGUUCACAAUCAAACCAAUGUAACAGGAGACCGUAACCAAACCUUCCUUGCACCAGUCAAAAGAUCAACAUUUUGGACCAGCAGUGAGCAACCAAGUAAACGUCAAAAAACAGAACCAGACGAGUACUCCCAACAGCCAAUAGACGAAGAUGUUUUUUCAGACAUCCAGGAUGAGGAGGAUGAAGAUGGUGAGCAGGAUUAUGAAGACUAUCAGGACCCUCAAGACGAUGACCAAGAUUAUGAUGACGAGGAAUAUGAAGAUGAAAACCAGGAAGAGUGUAAGAAAGAUGAUCAGGAUGAUUAUAAAGAUGAUCAUCCUAGUACUUCUGAGCAGCAUUCAUUAACCCCAAAGAAAGAAAUUUAAAAAGUUCCAAUUCCAUGCAAGGCUCAUUUUUGUGAAAAUGAUUAAACGCAACAACCAGUUUUGUUCCGAAAAUUUUCAUUGUUUCUAAAAAAUAAUAAUAAUAAUUUAGAUCGUUUCAAUUCAAUUCAAAUACCACGAUUCAUUUUU